AAGAUCGAUGGCUAUAAAAGCAGUAAGAUGAAAGAUCCGAUGCACAGUGUGAUCUGAGAGUUUCGAGCUCUCCACAAUGGAUCACGAAACAACUAGGAGUAUUAGGAGCUUGCUCCUACUUCUCCUUAUUACAGUCGUAUCGGCUGCACCAACUAUAGAAGAAUUAUCGACUACAGUAUCUUCCAAUGAGGAGAAUACUACUUUAUCGACCGAACUUAAACCUCCUCCUUAUCCGCAAAAAGAAGAACACCAGUAUAUGGUUUUCGUUAUAAAUCUUUUUGGAUUGAAAAAUGCUAGUGGUGAAACUUCUGAAGAAAUGUUUGAAAAUGAAGUCAUUCAAAGUGUUCCAGAGCUAACAGAUCCAUUGGCAACUGUACUACUAAUCCUCGAGGUAGACGACAAUGAGGAAGACACUGGUGUACUAGUUGAUCUGGAUGAAGUUGCAGAUGAAUUAAGAGAUAAAGAGGGUUUGAAUGUUGAAAAAAUGAACAAUACUGGUGAAGCCAAACUUAUCAAAGUGAAGCUUUAUAAAAAUGACGAAGGAAACUUAUAUCCAUUAAAAACAAAAUUAAAUGAAUUAAGCAAAAGUCGUAAGAGGAGAACAUUGUGCGUCAAAUGUGGGGGAGGCGGAUAUCCUGGUGGUGGACUUGGAGGCGGAUUCGGAGGUGGUGGCGGAUUUGGAGGUGGCGGAGGAUUCGGAGGUGGUGGUGGAUUAGGUGGUGGUGGAGGAGGAUAUCCUGGAGGAGGAUACAAUAAAGGAGGAGGACAUAGCGGAGGAGGCUACGGAGGUCAUCCCAACGGCGGAGGAGGAUAUCAAAAAAUAGACACUAUACCCGUUAUUGUUAUACCGGUUGCAGGCGGUGGAUAUCCAUCUGGCGGCGGUGGUUGCAGCACAUGUGGCGGUGGUGGAAAUUCAUAUGCUUCAGCUUCAGCAAAAGCAGGUUCCAGCUGGGGGAAAUAAACCAAAUAGAAUAUAACAACGAAGAUGUUUUAAGUUAUAUGCUGCCCAAAAUAUUCGCAAAAAAUUCAACGACUUUUAUAACAUAUACGUGGAAUCAUAUUCAAUUAGUUUGUUACAACGUAACGUUCGUCAUCUUAAUCGCCGAUUUAUGUAACAUGUAUCAAGCACCGAAUAAAUGAAAAAAUAGUAAA